AUGCUUCUUAAACCGUCUCUAAUCACAUGGCUCAUGUUUUACCAUAUUGCACCCAGUGUUGCAACAUCUGAUAGUCUUCUACAGGGGAAAAUAUACAAAUCAUGGCAAAAAGGUGGUGUUACAAAUCAUCUACUCCACAAAUAUCAAUGCCCAGAUCUUAACCAAAUACCAGAAGAAUGGGGAGAUGAUGAUUAUGAAAUACCAGAUGGUGAUGCAAAGGUUUAUGAACUUGAUGACACAUUGAGACCUCUUGAUUCUCUUGGAAGUGAAUCAAACUCACCCUCUAUUGAUCAAUCAGUAUCAGAUACAUUGUGCACUGUUUCUCCAGUAGCCAGCUUCAGCCAUCACCAAGAAAACCAGCUUGCCCACACGGGCCAGAACACAGAUCAUGAUCAAAACCCAGCCUCAGAUCUAAUUCUGAUUCAUCAACCCUCAAGAACAAAUUCUGAAUCAUCUUUAUUUAACUUAUUUGAAGAUGACAUAAGUCUCAAGAAAGGAACAUCAGUAGUCUCUGAGCUUUGUGAGGGUAUGGAACCUGACAAGUUGGGUUUGGAAGAAAGCACUUCUGAUACCAACACAAGCAUUGGAUGUGUAGAGAAUUUAAAGAAUGAUAAGUCUCUCAUUAUUUCUAAGGAAAAUAUCAAAGAAAGCUCUGCAAAUCACCAAACUCAACAAAACCAAGGAAAAAUGGGAAAACAAGCAUAUCACAAUGUGAUGGACAACAGUGAAUCCUUACCAGUAGAUCUGGACAAAAGGAUCAAUUUGAAAAGAAAGGAAGAGAGUGUGCUUGAAAACCUCAAGUGCAAGGAACCUCAUCUUGAUGGAACAACCUGGAAAAAUAAUCACAGUUCUCAGCCAAGUACCAGGUCCAAGUCCACACAGGAUGUAUAUUCAGAGCCAGAAAAUCUCAAUGAACAUAAAGGAAGAACUUCAUGGUUCAUGUCACCAGCAUCAUUAAGACUUCCCAUUAUCCCUGAAGCACAAUUGGGAGAGUGGAAAAUCAAAUCAAACAAAGAAUGUUUCAAGGAUAUGGGCAAGUUUUGGUCUAAAAAAGAUGUGAAAUUGAGGAGUUUCCUUAGCACACAGUUUCCAAAUGAACCCAUUGAUUACAAUAGUGUUACUUUUUUAGUAUUCCAGAAGCUCUUGUUUCCAAUGUUUAUAGACAAGGUUGCAUUCAUACAUCCUCUCAUCAAAGAGCCAUUCAAGUUUACAAGCUUAUCUUCAAUGCUAGUAUCUGCAAGCAAUUAUUUCCAAGUCUGGUGUACAAAAGAAGUUGAAAAAUUGAUCAAAUACUUGGAUGAUCAUGUCAAACACAAGGGAGAAGAAACUCUGACAUUCGAAAAUAGAAUGAGGCUUUGCAAAAACACAAUUUCCUCAGUUUUAUAUAAAUCAGAGUUUGGGUAUGAGGAAACACAUCAGUUGAAGAUGAUUGUAUGGUCAAUUAUAGAUCAAUGGCUUGGCCAGAAUGUGUUACCUCAAAGAGCAGGAUCACACACUGGAUUUGUGAUACUUGAGAGGAUGUAUCAUGGAGAUUGUUUGAAAAGGGAAUAA